AUGCCCUUUUUGGGCGUGCGCUUGCCGAGCGGCUUCGCGCGUCGAGGUGCUGUUCGGGAGGGCGGCUCUCCUGCUCUCCACCGGCGGCGAGCCUGGGGGGGGGGAAGCGAGAAGGGGCGGGCCUUCCCAGGGGGCUCGGAAGUCCCCCAGCCUUUGAGAAGUGGUCCAAGCCUUCAGCAGGCUGGAGGGCUUCUGAGAAGCCCCGCCGCCUUCUGGGAAGGCUUCCCCCUCCUCACUCCCCCCCCUUGCUCGCCGCCGACUCUCGAGGAGAGCGGCGCGGAGUGCGACGAGGAAGCGAGUGAGAGGGGCACGCGAGCGCCUGCGCGAGCGGGCGGCGCGGGCGCGGGCGGCCCCGGGCCCAGGAGGGAGCCUCGGCCGGAGGCCCCAGCGGCAGCGGGGCGCGUGGCUUCGCCCCCUCCGAGGCUGCCCCUGGAGUCCGCCGCCGCGGCGCCGGAGCUCCUGGUUCAGGUUGCCGCGCAACUGACGGAGCUGCAGCGCGAGGUGGCGCGCCUCCGGGAGAGGAACGGGGUGCUGGAGGCCGAGAACGCGCGCCUGCUGCGCGGCUAG